UGCGUCAUUAUUGACAUACCUGACGAGAGUACGGAAAUUACACCACUACAGGAGAAAAAGAAACCUACCGGUGGUGGUGGUGGUGACAUGUCAUCUGGUGCUAAGCGAGGACAUCAUCGUGGUAGAGGUUUAGAUAAUGACCCAAAUCUUAAUGGAGAUUAUCGUCGACCACGGCGUAAAGUUCGUAAAAGGUCGCUGCCCAAGUUGAGCAGUCAGGACGAAGAUGGGCCAAACGCCCAUACCCAGUUCACUGGCGUGGCCCACUUCGAGCCCAUUCCACACGAUCACGACUUUUGUGAGAGGGUCGUUAUCAACGUAAGCGGCCUAAGAUUCGAGACGCAGUUACGGACUCUGAAUCAAUUUCCCGAUACAUUAUUGGGUGAUCCAGCACGCCGUAUACGAUAUUUUGAUCCACUGCGGAACGAAUACUUUUUCGACCGCAACCGGCCGAGUUUUGAUGCCAUUCUUUACUAUUACCAAAGUGGAGGACGGCUCCGAAGACCGGUCAAUGUGCCUCUAGAUGUCUUCUCCGAAGAGAUUAAGUUUUACGAAUUAGGAGAAUUAGCUACAAAUAAAUUCAGGGAGGAUGAAGGUUUUAUAAAAGAAGAAGAGAAACCGUUACCCUCACACGAAUUCCAGCGUAAAGUGUGGCUGUUGUUUGAAUAUCCAGAAAGUUCGCAAGCAGCUCGUGUCGUUGCCAUCAUCUCCGUGUUUGUGAUCCUCUUAUCCAUCGUAAUAUUCUGCUUGGAAACGCUGCCUGAGUUCAAACAUUAUAAAGUGUUUAAUACAACCACAAACGGCACCAAAAUCGAGGAAGACGAAGUGCCCGAUAUAACGGACCCAUUCUUCCUUAUAGAGACUAUAUGUAUUAUAUGGUUUACAUUUGAACUUUCCGUGCGCUUCCUGGCAUGUCCGAAUAAAUUGAACUUCUUCCGCGACGUCAUGAAUAUCAUCGACAUCAUCGCCAUCAUUCCGUAUUUCAUCACGCUCGCCACUGUCGUAGCGGAAGAAGAGGACACGCUUAAUCUUCCGAGGGCGCCCGUUAGUCCUCAAGAUAAAAGCACCAAUCAGGCAAUGUCCUUAGCUAUACUCAGAGUGAUUAGGUUAGUGCGUGUAUUCCGAAUAUUUAAAUUAUCGCGCCAUUCAAAAGGCCUCCAAAUAUUAGGUCGAACUUUAAAGGCCUCGAUGCGUGAACUGGGAUUGCUCAUAUUUUUCUUGUUUAUUGGUGUGAUCUUAUUCUCAAGUGUGGCAUACUUUGCUGAAGUUGGCAUUGAGCAAUCAUUCUUCAAAUCAAUUCCAGAAACAUUCUGGUGGGCAGUGGUUACGAUGACCACAGUGGGCUACGGGGAUAUGAGGCCUGUUGGAGUAUGGGGCAAAAUUGUGGGAUCGUUAUGCGCUAUUGCUGGUGUACUUACAAUCGCCUUGCCUGUGCCUGUCAUCGUAUCAAACUUCAACUAUUUCUAUCAUCGAGAAACAGAUCAAGAAGAAAUGCAAUCACAAAAUUUCAAUCAUGUUACCAGUUGUCCAUAUUUACCCGGAACAUUAGGUCAACAUAUGAAAAAGAGCUCUUUAUCGGAAUCAUCAUCAGAUAUUAUGGAGCUUGAAGAAGGUAUAUUACUUACGAGGGAACAGCUUUCUAAGAAACAGAACCAUAAUCCGCGCCACAAUAAUAAUAUUAAUGCUAUGAGUAUUGAAACUGACGUCUGACUACUGGUGAAGGAGACGUUGUCUCUGUGGUGUCCUCCAACAUUGUUGGCGUGGUUACGAGCGCCACCACGCGGACCUUUACAGUGUCUCGUAUAAAACAAUGGGAUGCGCUUCACUGGAUUCUACAACAACAGCCAGGCAUAGAUAAAUAUGAUAACAAAUUAUAUGUAAGAAUGUGUGAAGUGGAUCAAACGUAGGUAGAAAAAAAAAGAACAAACAAAUCAAAAACAAGACACACACACAAAUAACAAGGACUUCGAGCAACUUAAAAAUAAUGAAAGUGGUUGGCGCGUGAUGAUCGAUCACCGUACCAAGUGAUAUAUUGUGUCCGUGUAAACAAAUAUUUAAAAAAAAAUUAAUAAUAAAAAUAAAUGACAAAAACGUAACUUAUGUAAAAACAAAAAUAAUUUUAAAACAAAUUUAUACUUUGCCAUGAUCAUAUUUUAUAUUAUAAAUAAUAACAAUUGUUUUUAUUACUUAGGCGUUUGUUUGCGUCUAGUUGCAUACCGAUACCGAAUGUUGAAUGAAACGAGUGCUCUGCGAGCGCAUGCUUACCCCUUAUCUUCCAGCCAAGGCACGUUUUUAGAUCAUACAUAUAAAUUUAUAAAUUAUAUUAGUCAAAUGAAAAAAAUACCCCCUUCGUUUUUUUAUUACUUAAAUCUAUUUGACACUAAUAAAACCAUUUUAGAAUUGUCCUAAUAUCUAUAAUAUUCUAUGUCUCUUCUCUCUCUCUCUCUCUCUUUCUCUCUCUAUCUCGUUUUUUUCAAUAUCUUUCACUAUCUUUCUCCAUUCCUAAAUUAUUCAUUAAAACAAAGAAAAAUAUCUCUAAAAUAUUUAGUGGCCGAUUAACUCUCUUAAUAUUUUCUUACACAUCUAUAUCUGCUGACUCAAAGACGGUUUUCAAUAGUCAAUGAAAAUAUAUUAUAAAUUGGUGGCAAUAACCGAUCUAACCUAUUGUUCCAAUAAGUCAAUUAGAUAUCAAAUUUUAUGGUACACCCAUCUGGACCAAAAUUAAUGAGAAAGAAACCCUUGCACAACAGAAUGUUGUGUCUCAUGUUUAUAUUCGCGCAGUCAAAGUCCAAAGGCAGGUCCCUUUGUGUCCAAUUUCUUAAGUAAGGCAAAUUGGAUUCAAAUCAAUGAAUAUGUAUGGAUGCACCAUGAUAUUUUACAUGUUCAGUAAUUCAUAUAUAGAGGUUAUGUUUUAAAUAUGUACAAAAUGUCCAUAUAUCAGAUUUCAAAUUUAUUUUUAUAUUCAACGAAAAAAUCUAAAUUUAAUGUACUUACAACUAAUUAUAUCAUAAUUUAAGCAUACACAUUCUAAAAAAGAAGGCGUUUUUUAAUAUUUUUCAACAAAUACAUGCCACUAAAAAGAGAUACAAUUUUUUUUUUUAUAAAACUAGCAAUACCUACAGAGAUAAAUUGCCGAUUUUAAGUUUAAA